AUGACUUCAUUGCCAAAGAAACUAGAGGGGAAAGUUGCCAUCGUGACUGCAUCCACGGAAGGAAUUGGUUACGCUGUUGCAAAACGACUCGCGGAAGAUGGCGCCAGUGUUAUGAUAAGUAGUCGUAGGCAGAAAAAAGUUGACGAAGCUGUGGCUAAGUUGAAAUCUGAAAAUCUGACAAACGUAAAAGGAGUUGUUUGUCAUGCUGGUAAAGAAGAUCACAGGAAUUACUUGAUCGAGGAAACGCUGCGAAGUUUUGGAGGAAUUGAUAUGCUAGUGUGCAAUGCAGCAAGCAAUCCAUCCCCUGGACCGUUUUUUGAUACGACUGAAGAAGCCUGGGAUAAGGUAUUUCAUGUUAAUUUAAAAUCGGCAUUUUUGCUGAUCAAAGCCGUCAUUCCAUACAUGGAGAAACGUGGGGGUGGUAGUAUUGUAACGGUAUCGUCUGUAGUUGCCCACAGAACAGAUGCAGUACCGGGAGUACACGCAUCGGCAUACGGGAUCAGUAAAAUAUCCUUGAUAGGGCUAACUAAAGCACUUGUACCAGAAUGUGCUGCGAAAAACAUCAGGAUCAAUUGCAUGUCACCAGGGGUUAUAGAGACUCGUUUCAGUGAAGUGAUUUGGAAAAACUCCUUUGCAAAUAAAAAUGCCAUGGCGUUAAUUCCAAUGAAAAGAUUGGGACAGUCAUCUGAAUGUGCCGGCGUCGUUUCAUUUCUGUGUUCCGAUGAUUCUUCCUACAUCAGUGGAGAAACUAUCAUAGUUGGUGGCGGCAUGUCUUGCAGGCUUUAG